AUGGCAGCUGGCGUGGCAACAUGGCUGCCAUUUGCCCGGGCGGCAGCCGUGGGCUGGCUGCCGCUGGCCAAGAAGACGAUGCCCAAACCUCCAGUGGACAAUUCGUCCAAAUCAGACGAGAUCCUGUAUGUCAACGUCAGCGGCGUCAGAUUUCAGACUUGGAAGAACACUCUGGACCGGUAUCCUGAAACAUUGCUGGGCUCUUCAGAGAAGGAGUUCUUCUACAAUGAGGAUACACAGGAAUAUUUCUUUGACAGAGACCCUGAGAUGUUUCGGCACAUUCUGAACUUUUACCGCACCGGAAAGCUGCACUACCCACGACAUGAGUGCAUCCAGGCCUUCGACGAGGAGCUGGCCUUUUAUGGCAUCGUGCCAGAAAUCAUUGGCGACUGCUGCAUGGAGGAAUACCGGGACAGGAAGAAGGAGAACCAAGAGCGUCUCGCUGAGGACACGGAGGCCAACGAUGGGUCGGACGCCCCCCUCCCUCCACACAGCACCUCCCGAGAGCGUCUGUGGCGAGCCUUUGAGAACCCCCACACUUCCACCAUGGCUCUGGUCUUCUAUUAUGUCACUGGCUUCUUCAUCGCUGUGUCUGUCAUCGCCAACGUGGUGGAGACGGUGCCCUGCCGCCCCCCAAAGGGCCGAGUCAAGGAUCUUCCCUGUGGGGAGAAGUACCAGCUGGCCUUUUUCUGCAUGGACACGGCCUGUGUGCUCAUCUUCACCUUCGAGUACCUGAUGCGUCUGUUCGCGGCUCCCAGCCGCUGCAAGUUCAUGCGCUCGGUGAUGUCGGUGAUCGACGUGGUGGCCAUCAUGCCCUACUACAUCGGCCUGGUGAUGCCCGAGAAUGAGGAUGUGAGUGGUGCCUUUGUCACCCUCCGUGUUUUCAGGGUCUUUCGGAUCUUCAAGUUCUCGCGGCACUCUCAGGGACUUCGUAUCCUCGGCUACACCCUAAAGAGCUGCGCCUCCGAGCUGGGCUUCCUGCUCUUCUCCCUCACCAUGGCCAUCAUCAUCUUUGCCACCGUCAUGUUCUACGCCGAGAAGGGCACUAAGGGCUCCACCUUCACCUCAAUCCCGGCCUCCUUCUGGUACACCAUCGUCACCAUGACGACGCUCGGGUACGGGGACAUGGUUCCAAACACCAUCGCAGGGAAGAUCUUCGGCUCCAUCUGUUCUCUCAGCGGUGUCCUGGUCAUUGCUCUGCCAGUUCCCGUCAUCGUGUCCAACUUCAGCCGGAUCUAUCACCAGAACCAGAGAGCGGACAAGAUGAGAGCUCAGCAGAAAGUGCGUUUGGCUCGAAUUCGAAUGGCAAAGAAAGGAACAACCAACGCUUUCCUCCAGUACAAAGAAGACCGGUCCCUCGGGGACCAGGGCAGCGACAGUUCGGUUCUAUGUGUGAAGAACAAGUCAGCGUUCGAGCACCAACAUCACCACCUGCUGCACUGUCUGGAGAAGACAACGAACCACGAGUUCACAGAUGAGAUGACCUACAGUGAGGUGUGUAUGACCGAGUCAGUGGGCUUCAGGACCAGUCGCAGUACUUCCCUGUCCAGCCAGCAGGGGACACAGAACAACUCCACGGGCUGCUGCCCUCGUCGCGCCCGGAGGAGAGCCGCCAUGCGACUGGCUAACUCCACUGUGUCGGUGAGCCGGGGCAGCAUCCAGGAGCUGGACACGCUGCACAUGAAGACUACGUCCAUACCACAGCAAACUCGAUCCAGUCUGAAUGCAAGGACGGAUGAUCUGAAACUGAACUGUGGGGAACAAGAUUUUACUGCCGCCAUCAUCAGCAUCCCCACGCCGCCUGCCAACACACCGGACGAGAGCCUCCCUCCAUCACCUGCCCCCAUCCCUGGCAUUCUGCGCAACACCAGAGCCACCGCCUACACCCAUGAAACCGUCAAAAUCUCUUCCUUAUAA